AGCACCACUUAGCAGUCUAAGAUGGGAAGACAAGGAAGCAAUUGGGGUUCAAUGCCUUCCCUCAUCACCACUCUUCUAGUGGUGCUUUUGUCUACUCUUAGCUUCCCACAGGAAACCACUGCAAACAACUACUACUACAGCUCUCCUCCACCACCCAAGAAAUCUCCUCCUCCACCUUCUCCUCCUUACCACUACCAGUCGCCACCACCACCUCCACCAGUCAAGUCUCCUCCACCACCCACCCCAGUCUACAAAUACAAAUCACCACCACCACCACCAACCCCGGUGUACAAGUACAAGUCUCCGCCUCCACCACCGAAGGAGCAUUACAAGUACAAGUCUCCACCACCACCACCAAUCCCGGUGUACAAGUACAAGUCUCCUCCUCCACCACCAAAGGAGCAAUACAAGUACAAGUCUCCACCACCCCCUCCUACUCCAGUCUACAAGUACAAAUCUCCUCCACCACAACCAAAGGAGCAUUACAAGUACAAGUCCCCACCACCCCCUCCUACCCCAGUCUACAAAUACAAAUCUCCUCCACCACCUCCUAAACCGGUCUACAAGUACAAAUCUCCUCCGCCACCACCUAAGGAGCAUUACAAGUACAAGUCCCCACCACCCCCUCCUCCUAAAGAGCAUUACAAGUACAAGUCCCCACCACCACCUCCUACUCCAGUCUACAAGUACAAAUCUCCUCCACCUCCUCUUACUCCAGUCUACAAGUACAAGUCACCACCACCACCAGUCUACCAUUACACUUCACCUCCUCCUCCUCACCAUUACUAAGAAAGGCUUAAGAGACAAAAUGGAAAGAGGUUUAUUAUUAGGAUGGCGAAAUAAAAAGGACGGUUCCUGAUUUUCAUCGUAAGAGAAGGAAAGCAAAUUUAAUCUCCUUGUGUGAUCUUUGUUUUUGAGAUAGAAUAGCAAAUAAUCAUGGAAAAGGGCCAUGUCAGAAAAGGAAAAAAUGGUGAAGAGA